AUGCCGUUCCUCGAGACCGCGAGUUUCCGGGAGUGGGAGGACGAUGGCAACUGGGAGCCGGUGAAUGCUGCAGGUUUCCGGAAAGUCGGCUGGGGCCUCUUCUCCAUGCUCACUGGCUCCGGUUCAAGCUUCAAGAAGUACGUGCUUGUGGCCAGCCGGGGUCCUCCACAUACCGUUGUGGCUGAGAGCGACGACGAGGGAGACUUUCUGCAAUGCCUGGAAAAGCUCAGCUUCACCAAACUGACAGCGGAAGACAUCAUGCGAUCGGGUUCUUUGCAGUUUACAGAGGCUUUGGAGCUCCUGGUGAACAAGGGAAAGGACCUGGAAGGAAUUGGGAGCGGUCAGGAUACGGCACACAGUGCCCUGCCGCUGUCCCCCGAGAUCUUGCAGAAGCUAUCUCGAUUAGAGGCAAGCCUGGAGGCCAAGGAGAGCACGGUGCGACGGUGUCACGAAGAUUUGGCGAGCAAAGAGGCUGAGAUCCAACGCCUUCGUGAGGACUUGGCAAGCAGACAUGCCCAACUUCAAGCAUUCCAAGACCAGCUGCGGGCCGGCGCGGAGGAAGCCGCUCAAGAGGCCUUGCGCCUGGCCGCACCCGGCACACCUAGCAGAGUGGUUGUUCCAGCUGAUAUGAGCACAGAUGGCACAGAUCAUGACCUGCAAGAGCCUCCCGCAAAUAGUCUAGCAAGCUCCGAUGAAUGCGAGCCCACUGCUCGAAGUGAAGCUCCAUGGAAUGUGCCCAACAUUGCUCUGAGGGCACCUCUGCUUAGGCCCAGCUGUCCGGCAAGCCUUGAAGAAUGCAGCGAGGCUCCAUCUCCGGCUUGGCCCGACGGCGAAGCGGGGGGACUCUCUUUAGCAGAGAAGUUGCUUGCCGGUGGCUCCUUCAAGGGCAGCCAACUCGAGGGGUACUGGCGACUUGCAAGGGCUCCUUACAAUGCCGUCCGCCAGAAUUUGGGCCAGACUCUUGUCGAAGAGGCAGGAUUCCUGUGGGAGGUCGUGGCCGACCGACGAGCCACAAACACGCGAGUAGUUGGCCGCGAUGUGAGUCCUGGAGUUGUGGAGUUGGGCUUCCGAGGCACAGUGUUUGCUGAUUCUACUGGUGUGGGCAACUAUGCAAAUCUCUCUGCCGAUCUGGACACAAAGGCCGUUGCUUUGAGCCCUCAGCUUGCGCCUGGCUCGGAUUCCAAAGCCGUUCUGGUGCACAAAGGCUUCCAGCAAGCAUAUCUAACAGUGAAGGCAGAUGUUGUGCAGUGGCUUGAGAGCCGCCGUCCACCGCCCUCCGAGAUCCAUCUUUCAGGUCACUCCUUGGGUGCGACCUUGGCCACUUUGGCAGCCGUCCAUCUCUGUGCUCUCCGCUGGCCUGUGGCGGCAGUGGUCACCUUUGGCAGCCCGCCGCUAGGAAGUGAGGAGCUAGGACAAUGCUAUGCAGACAUGGGUUUGGACAGGGUGACAGUCCGUUUCGCGAACCGGGCGGACCCGAUUCCUCGUUUGAAGGAGCUGGUAGGGAGCUUCUGCGACUUUCAGCAUGUCGUGCCAGCAGUUUGGCUUGGAAGGACAAUGACCAACCUUUGGGUGCCUACACCUUACAGCCACUCGAUGGCCGGCAACCCGGAAUCGUAUCUCAGCACACUUCACGAUGCCACGGAGGGCCAUAUCCAGACAGGGCAGGCUUUGACAAUGUUGAGAGAUGCCGAGCCCUAUUUGCCCUUGGUGGGCUUUGUGCAAACAGGCUUCGUUGGGACAUCGGCCUCGGCAGUUUCAAAAGAAAACAGUUUCCUGACUGUGGCCACGGAGGUGAGGCAGCAGAUGCAGGUGGACGUGGCUUUGGUGCGCAGUGACCUUGCCCGGCUGGCACAGGGCAUGGCAGAGACGGCGCGGGAGCUGCGAUCCUACAUCAUACACGCGAGCGAGUGGGAAAGGGCGCUCGACUUGGAGGCUAUGGUCGACCUGGUCGUUCAGCACCCGGACAUGCUGCCCACAUGGCAGGACGGCAAGAUGCCCGAGUGGUUCAUGCGCCUGCACGCGGCCAAACGCAAGGUUUAUGAGGCCUGCAUUGCUGGGCUCCGGGACCAGUCCUGCAGGAUCUUCCGGUCCUUUUUGGGGCUCUUCCUGCGGGCCGGCCUUGUCCUGCUCAAGGCCAUGGAGGCGUGCGGCGCGCCCAGAGAGAAUCACAGAAAGGAGCUCCGGCGGUUUCGACUCGAGUCGGAGCAUUUGACUGGAAGCCUCGACUGGCAAGAGCUGCUGCAGGACGAGGCCACCUCACCGCUGGAGAUCUGCUCACUGCUGGAAGCAGCUGCAUUGGAAGGCACUGGCAAGAUACCGUUUGCCAUAGGGCUGUGCGGGGAGCUUCGGCAGGCAGUACAACCUUAUGACGGUGUGGUCAAGCUUGCAGCACAGCCGACCACUCUGGAGCCGUUCGCCCUGGAGGUAAACAUCUUGAAGAAGCAAGAAGAUGUUGAUGAUUCCCAGCUAUGCCAGAUGUCAGUCAAGCAGGGCUGCUUGGAAACCGCGCUCUUGGUGCAGCUGUUUGAGCUCAUGCAGCUGACUGACGAAACCAUGCAGGCCGUCGCUGAACAAUUGCCCCAGAGCCUGACCUCCUUGGGCUUGGAUUUCGCGAAUAGCAUGAAGCUCACGGAUGCAUCUCUGAAGGAGCUCGUUGCUCGAUUGCCCCAGAGCCUGACCUCCUUGAGCUUGAACUUUUCUCAGAACGAGCUGUUCACGGAUGCAUCUCUGAAGGAGCUCGCUGGUCGAUUGCCCCAGUGCCUGACCUCCUUGAGCUUGAACUUUUCUGAGAACGAGCUGUUCACGGAUGCAUCUCUGAAGGAGCUCGCUGGUCAAUUGCCCCAGAGCCUGACCUCCUUCAGCUUGAACUUUUCUGAGAACGAGCUGUUCACGGAUGCAUCUGUGAAGGAGCUCGCUGGUCGAUUGCCCCAGAACCUGACCUCCUUGAGCUUGAACUUUUCUGAGAACGAGCUGUUCACGGAUGCAUCUCUGAAGGAGCUCGCUGGUAAAUUGCCCCAGAGCCUGACCUCCUUGAGCUUGGACUUUUGUCAGAACGAGCUGUUCACGGAUGCAUCUCUGAGGGAGCUCGCUGGUCGAUUGCCCCAGAGCCUGACCUCCUUGAGCUUGCACUUUAACUGGAAUCGGCACUUCACGGAUGCAUCUCUGAAGGAGCUCGCUGGUCGAUUGCCCCAGAGCCUGACCUCCUUGAGCUUGGACUUUUGUCAGAACGAGCUGUUCACGGAUGCAUCUCUGAAGGAGCUCGCUGGUCGAUUGCCUCAGAGCCUGACCUCCUUGAGCUUGGACUUUUGUCAGAACGAGCUGUUCACGGAUGCAUCUCUGAGGGAGCUCGCUGGUCGAUUACCCCAGAGCCUGACCUUCUUGAGCUUGGACUUUCACCUGAAUUGGCACUUCACGGAUGCAUCUCUGAAGAAGCUCGCUGGUCGAUUACCCCAGAGCCUGACCUUCUUGAGGUUGGACUUUCACCUGAUUUGGCACUUCACGGAUGCAUCUCUGAAGGAGCUCGCUGGUCGAUUGCCCCAGAGCCUGACCUCCUUGAGCUUGAACUGUAACUGGAAUCGGCACUUCACGGAUGCAUCUCUGCUGAAGGAGCUCGCUGGUCGAUUGCGCCAGAGCCUGACCUCCUUGAGCUUGGACUUUCACCCGCAUCGGCACUUCACGGAUGCAUCUCUGAGGGAGCUCGCUGGUCGAUUACCCCAGAGCCUGACCUCCUUGAGCUUGAAUUUUUUUGAGAGCGAGCUGUUUACGGAUGCAUCUCUGAAGGAGCUCGCUGGUCAAUUGCCCCAGAGCCUGACCUCCUUGAGCUUGGACUUUUGUCAGAACGAGCUGUUCACGGAUGCAUCUCUGAGGGAGCUCGCUGGUCGAUUGCCCCAGAGCCUGACCUCCUUGAGCUUGCACUUUAACUGGAAUCGGCACUUCACAGAUGCAUCUCUGAAGGAGCUCGCUGGUCGAUUGCCCCAGAGCCUGACCUCCUUGAGCUUGGACUUUUGUCAGAACGAGCUGUUCACGGAUGCAUCUCUGAAGGAGCUCGCUGGUCGAUUGCCCCAGAGCCUGACCAACUUGAGCUUGGACUUUUGUCAGAACAAGCUGUUCACGGAUGCAUCUCUGAGGGAGCUCGCUGGUCGAUUACCCCAGAGCCUGACCUUCUUGAGCUUGGACUUUCACCUGAAUUGGCACUUCACGGAUGCAUCUCUGAAGGAGCUCGCUGGUCGAUUACCCCAGAGCCUCACCUUCUUGAGCUUGGACUUUCGGCACUUCACGGAUGCAUCUCUGAAGGAGCUCGCUGGUCGAUUGCCCCAGAGCCUGACCUCCUUGAGCUUGAACUGUAACUGGAAUCGGCACUUCACGGAUGCAUCUCUGCUGAAGGAGCUCGCUGGUCGAUUGCGCCAGAGCCUGACCUCCUUGAGCUUGGACUUUCACCCGCAUCGGCACUUCACGGAUGCAUCUCUGAAGGAGCUCGCUGGUCGAUUACCCCAGAGCCUGACCUCCUUGAGCUUGAAUUUUUUUGAGAGCGAGCUGUUUACGGAUGCAUCUCUGAAGGAGCUCGCUGGUCGAUUACCCCAGAGCCUGACCUUCUUGAGCUUGGACUUUCACCUGAAUUUGCACUUCACGGAUGCAUCUCUGAAGGAGCUCGCUGGUCGAUUGCCCCAGAGCCUGACCUCCUUGAGCUUGAACUUUUCUGAGAACGAGCUGUUCACGGAUGCAUCUCUGAAGGAGCUCGCUGGUCGAUUGCCCCAGAACCUGACCUCCUUGAGCUUGAACUUUUCUGAGAACGAGCUGUUUACGGAUGCAUCUCUGAAGGAGCUCGCUGGUCAAUUGCCCCAGAGCCUGACCUCCUUGAGCUUGGACUUUUGUCAGAACGAGCUGUUCACCGAUGCAUCUCUGAAGGAGCUCGCUGGUCGAUUACCCCAGAGCCUGACCUCCUUGAGCUUGGACUUUUGUCAGAACGAGCUGUUCACCGAUGCAUCUCUGAAGGAGCUCGCUGGUCGAUUGCCCCAGAGCCUGACCUCCUUGAGCUUGGACUUUUGUCAGAACGAGCUGUUCACGGAUGCAUCUCUGAGGGAGCUCGCUGGUCGAUUGCCCCAGUGCCUGACCUCCUUGAGCUUGCACUUUAACUGGAAUCGGCACUUCACGGAUGCAUCUCUGAAGGAGCUCGCUGGUCGAUUGCCCCAGAGCCUGACCUCCUUGAGCUUGCACUUUAACUGGAAUCGGCACUUCACGGAUGCAUCUCUGAAGGAGCUCGCUGGUCGAUUGCCCCAGAGCCUGACCUCCUUGAGCUUGGACUUUUGUCAGAACAAGCUGUUCACGGAUGCAUCUCUGAGGGAGCUCGCUGGUCGAUUACCCCAGAGCCUGACCUUCUUGAGCUUGGACUUUCACCUGAAUUGGCACUUCACGGAUGCAUCUCUGAAGGAGCUCGCUGGUCGAUUACCCCAGAGCCUGACCUUCUUGAGCUUGGACUUUCGGCACUUCACGGAUGCAUCUCUGAAGGAGCUCGCUGGCCGAUUGCCCCAGAGCCUGACCUCCUUGAGCUUGAACUGUAACUGGAAUCGGCACUUCACGGAUGCAUCUCUGCUGAAGGAGCUCGCUGGUCGAUUGCGCCAGAGCCUGACCUCCUUGAGCUUGGACUUUCACCCGCAUCGGCACUUCACGGAUGCAUCUCUGAAGGAGCUCGCUGGUCGAUUACCCCAGAGCCUGACCUCCUUGAGCUUGAAUUUUUUUGAGAGCGAGCUGUUUACGGAUGCAUCUCUGAAGGAGCUCGCUGGUCGAUUACCCCAGAGCCUGACCUUCUUGAGCUUGGACUUUCACCUGAAUUUGCACUUCACGGAUGCAUCUCUGAAGGAGCUCGCUGGUCGAUUGCCCCAGAGCCUGACCUCCUUGAGCUUGAACUUUUCUGAGAACGAGCUGUUCACGGAUGCAUCUCUGAAGGAGCUCGCUGGUCGAUUGCCCCAGAACCUGACCUCCUUGAGCUUGAACUUUUCUGAGAACGAGCUGUUUACGGAUGCAUCUCUGAAGGAGCUCGCUGGUCAAUUGCCCCAGAGCCUGACCUCCUUGAGCUUGGACUUUUGUCAGAACGAGCUGUUCACCGAUGCAUCUCUGAAGGAGCUCGCUGGUCGAUUGCCCCAGAGCCUGACCUCCUUGAGCUUGGACUUUUGUCAGAACGAGCUGUUCACCGAUGCAUCUCUGAAGGAGCUCGCUGGUGGAUUGCCCCAGAACUACCAGGCAUCUGAGCCGGUCAACAGCUCUGGGCUCUUCGCCGACAUCCGCAAUCGAUUGGACGCGGACUACCAUGGCUACUACACCGAGCGGAGACAGCGAUUGCAGGACGAGUUGUUGCAAGAUGUUCUGGCCAGUGGGCUGCCCGACGAGCGUCCGUGGAUCGUGUAUACCGCUGGAGCCAUGGGGGCGGGAAAAUCCCAUGUCGUGCGUUGGCUGUCUCGCAACGACUACUUUGCACUCCCCAUCUUUGUACAGAUCGACCUGGACCGCUUCCGCACACAGCUGCCGGAGUGGCUGGGUUAUGUCGCACGGAAUUCGGCUUCGGCCGGCGCACUUACACACCGCGAAGCAGGCUACUGUGCCGAAAUUGCACAAGAGGCAGCACUCCAAAGAUGCAAACACGUGUGGGUCGAUGGAUCCCUUCACGAUGCUGAGUGGUAUGCCUCCGAGUUUCGUCGAAUCCGAAAGGAGCAUCCGCAGUACAGGAUAGCGAUCUACCAUGUCGUCGCCAACUGGACGACGGUUCAAGCCCGCGUCGCCACUCGGGCCACCCACACUGGCCGCGUGGUGCCUCAGGACGCGCUUCAGAAGUCCUACCACGAGGUGCCGCAGGCGGUGCGGCAGUUGCGGCCAUUUGUGGACUUCUACGCGCGCAUCGAGAACCAGGAGGCGCUUCCCCGCCUCGCAGAUCUCUGCAUGAAGAACGCGCAAGGAGAGAUCGAGAAGCCCCAAUGUUCCUGGGAAGUCAUUCGCGCUGAAUUCGCCCCCCUUCACGGCGCGAGCCAAGAAGGCGCGCUGCGGUCGUGGCUGGAACGGCUCAUCGCAGAGGAGUCCGUCCUCAUCUUCGCACACUCGCAGGGCAGCGGCAGCUGCCAACUGUUCCUAACAGAGGUCCUUGGCAUACCGGGAGUUCGAGUGCUAGAGCUGGACCAGAUGAGCUCCUGGCCUUUCGAGGAAGCCAUUCUGCAGGCCAUCCAGGCAGAGCAAGCAGCAGCGAAUUCACUUGAGCGUCCGAAGCGCCGGACGAGCACCAGCGAUGCCAGCAAGCUCCGCUUAGAGAUCGACGAGAUCCUCGGCAGAAGCUGGCAGGUCUAUGGCGCUUCAAACACCUGGAUCGACAUGGGCCCGGAGGCUCGAGAAGCGAUCCAGGAGGCCGUUCUCCUAGGUCGCUCCUCGUGCCGUUAUCGGUGGGCCGGAACAGACUACGAGAUUACUCUGGACACGCGCAAGCAGACCAAUCUGCAAACUGGCACACAGAGGGACAUUCGUCUGGCUCCUGCAGAUGCCGGGCAAUCCCUGCCGCCUGCGUCAGAUCAACAGGAUGCGUCGCUGGGUCGUCGUCCGAGCCUCCGGCGCACGACCAGCGGCCAAGCGCCCUCCAGCAAGACCAUGGCGGAGCUGCGCUCCCUGGAGCUCUGCUGCAAGCUGGACGGCCGGAAAUUCGAGGACCCAGACUUCCCACCCGUUGUGGGUGGCCGGGUGACCGGUUGGAGACGGCCACAGGAACUUACGCACCACGAUGGUCGACCGCUUGCGGCCAAUGAGGAUUGGCAGCUCCUACGAGGCCGCCCCCGUGCAGAGGAUGUGCGGCAAGGAGAGCUCGGCGACUGCUGGUUCCUCUCCUCGCUGGCCGCUUUGGCUGAGUACCAGGAUGGCCGCUUUCUGCGGGCGCUCCUCCCGGAGCAGAGCUCGCUCAGCCCCGCGGGCAUUUACAUGGUCCGGCUUUGCCUCGGUGGCUUCUGGCGGGAAGUCAUAGUGGAUGACCGGCUCCCCGGCUUGGGUGGGGGCCAGUAUCAUCAGCAGCUCGCCUACUGCUCCACACUGCGGCUGCAGCUCUGGGCCAGCAUCAUCGAGAAGGCUUUUGCAAAAGCUUGCGGAUCGUACGAAGCCUUGGUGGGAGGUCAGCCCAGCGAAGCUCUGGCGGUCCUCACGGGAUGGCCCUGCAUGGUUAUCUCGUUUGGGCGAAAGGACUUCGAUGCUGACUUGAUGUGGGCUUCGCUCUGUUCGUCCUACAGUGCCGGCUUCCUUCUGACGUGCUCCACCGGCCGCGGGGAGGAGCUCAGGUCUGAGGUUGGCCUGGCGCCGAACCACGCCUACUCCCUGAUGGCAGUCCACGAGGUCACCACCAGUGAGGGCCAGGUGCGACUGCUCCAAAUUCGCAACCCCCACGCGCGCUGCGCCUGGAAGGGGGCCUGGUCCCAGCGGAGCGGCAACUGGACGCCGGAGCUCCGCUCGAAACUCCGAUACCCUGCCGAUGAUGAUGCUGGCAUGUUCUUCAUGGCGAUGCCGGAUUUCAUCAUUUACUUCGACCAGUGCACCAUCUGCCAGAUCCAUGGCACGGAGUGGUGCGAAGCACGCGUGGCGGUGCCGCUGCCAUCACAGGAGGUGCCGCGCUCCGGACUCGCUUUGGAGGCUUGUGGUGCCACUGCGCAGUGCCUGGUGAGCCUGGCGCAGCCGGAGGAGCGAGCUCGAGGAGGAUAUUUCUACAACCAUCUCUUCGAGCAGCUUGCAAGCGUGGGCCUGGUGAUCCUCAACAUGAAGACUCAUCCCCCUUCCCUUGUUGCUGCCAGCGGUCUCAAGAACCGGGGCGUCGUGGGCACAGACUGCUGGCUGCGGCCUGAGGAUGAAUACCUCCUAGCCCCGAGUCAGCAAAAGCCCAGAUCUUACAAGGGGCCUACUUCAUGA